ACAAGGGGCCCAGCGCACUCUCACACAGACCACCAGCCCCGAGUCUACACUUUUACGCACACACUGCCACAGUCAUCAUGUCUGCCGGGGGAGAGAAAUCCAAGUCCGCUUCUCAGACUGAUGGGAAGGUAGCUCAGAACAAGAUGUCUGAUCUCUUCACCCCCACUUUCCAGAUGUGCGCAUAUGACCAGGAGAACUUCCAGGGCCGCUGCAUUGAGAUCACCGGCGAGUGCAUGAAUGUGUGUGACAUGGGAAUGGAUAGGGUGCGCUCCCUGCGUGUCGACUGUGGACCCUUCGUGGGGUUUGAGCAGAUGAACUUCUGUGGUGAGAUGUUCAUCCUGGAGAAGGGUGAGUACCCCCGCUGGGACUCCUGGAGCAACUGCCAGAAGAACGACUACCUGCUGUCCUUCAGACCAGUCCGCAUGGAUCCUGAGAAGCAUAAGAUCUGCCUGCAUGAGGUCGGAGAGUUCAAGGGUCGUAAGAUGGAGAUCAUGGAUGAUGAUGUCCCCAGCCUGUUUGCCUACGGUUUCACCGACAGAGUGGGCAGCAUCAUGGUCAGCUGUGGAACCUGGGUGGGUUACCAGUUUCCAGGCUACCGCGGCAGCCAGUACCUGCUGGAGAAGGGCGAUUACAGGCAUUUCAACGAGUUUGGCGCCCGCUCCCCCCAGAUGCAGUCCAUCAGGCGCAUCCGGGACAUGCAGUGGCACCCACACGGCUGCUACACCAUUUCCUCCAAAUGAAACCCAGCGAGGGCGAGGAAGAGAGGGAUCGGAGGAGGGAAGAAGGCAGAGGGUGGGCAAAGAGAUGGAGGGGAAGCAGUGGGGAAGGCGAAGAGGGAGAAGAGGGAGAGGGUGUAAUUGUUCCCUCCUCUGUCCCAAAAAUACUCUUGGUGGUUUUAAGUGCAUGAUGGAGGGAAAACAGCAGGUUGUUAUUUCUAGUUGUUGGAGCAUUGAAAUCCAGUGAACAAUGAAACCUUAUUCAAAAUGUAGCAGGGGAAGAAGGAGAUAAUCAUACCGAUAAUAAAUGCCUGUCCAUUUUUGUUCUCCCUCUCUCACCAUCUCUGUUUGUCAGUUCCUCUCUCUCCUCCCCUCCC